AUGGCAAAUAUUCUCAAGCACCCAUUGGAAGAUCCACCAUCCCUAUCUUCAAGCGCCGCCGGCGAGUUGUUGUUCAUUUCGUCUCAAGAAGAAGAUGAAGAAGACCAGCAUACCAUCUUUUCUUCUGAUGAGGGCGAACCCGAAGAUCCUCCACCGAGGAGUUCCGGCGAGGCUCAGCUGUUAGGUAGGAGGAUCUCAACCAACGUGAGAUCGAAGCGAGCCAGGAAAAUGUAUACACAAGGUGAGAAAAUGGGAACAGAUCAUAGAAGACUGUUUAGUGAGAAAGAUGAGAUUGUUUUGUUACAAGGUGUAAUUGAUUCCAAAGGGGAGAAUCCAUUAGAAGACAGUCGCUCACUCUACGAAUCCAUGAAGGGUUCUUUUAGCUUCGAUAUUACGUUGAGACAGUUUAGAGAGAAGUUUCGGACUAUGAGGAGGAAAUAUACAACUAAAGAAAUGAGGGGUGAACAAGCUUCUGCUUCGAAUCCUCAUCAACAGAAGUGCUUUCAGUUGUCAAAGGCUAUUUGGGGAGUUGAAGGGAUAGCUUUUGAAUCUGCUAACGGUAAGUUAAAGAAGAGUGAGGGGAGAUUGUCAAAGAAGCGUGACUUGGUCUCUUCACUUAAGGGUAAGAAGGCUCAAGAAGCUAGUAAAAGAGGAGAUAUGAAGAAGUCACCACUUGUUGAGAAAGAAUCUGAUUGGGAUGAAAGUUCUUUCUUUCUUGGUAUGGACUUUUUGAAAGAAAAAUGGACUAAGGUGCGGACUGAGACUAAGAAAGAAACCCAAGAGAAGAUGAAGAAGUUGCAUGCUAACGAACUUGAAUGUAAGAAAAUUGAAGAGACGUUGAAGGCUGUGAAAGAUCAAUGUGAACAUGACAAGGUGGAGCUAUUGAAUGAGGUUACCUCUUUGAUCAUGUCAGUAGAAUAG